AUGUUGCUUGCAAUCCGCUACUUGCAUGCAAAGUUCAAGGCCCGAUCGGUGGAGAUGCGUUCCAGGCCCGAUUCAAGUGUUGUAGAGGAUGCAUCGAGGAAAGCUGCCUUGGCUUACAACUUAGCCAAUGAACUAUGCAACCUGGUGCCUUUGAGGUUUGAGCAGGUUUUCCAGGAUUGGUGUGUGGCUUGGGCUGAAGGGGAUUGCAACGUGGAUACUGAGCUAGAUAGUUUGCUCCUUGAAAGGAGAGAAGACUUGGAUCCUCGAACCCAUGUGCCCAGCAUGAAGAAGUUGUGUGAUGUCAUCUCCCGACCAGUGGUGAGAAGCCACCAUGAGGAAAGCUCCAUCACACAAGGACAAUUUGAUUUGGUGGUGAAGCAAAUUGAAUAUGAUGUUCAGGUUUUCACCACAUGGGAGGCCAAGAAAGCCACAGCUAUGGCUAAUCGUGAUCAUGCUGCAAUGAAAUGGAAGGUUGACAAGAGGCAGCAGGCCCUCGCCGCAGCUGACACCUUCUUCGAGUCUUGCUGUCGGAUUGUGCCUUGGGACAAGAAGGUUGAGAAGAACAUCGGCGAAUGCAUGAACUUUAGGCGCCAAGUGAUCAUGAACCAAAUGGGCUUGGAGCAUGCGACCCAGAUCCCACACAUUUGCUACCUCAAUGCCAGUGCCCCAUGUGUCCUCUCCACGGUGCAUUUGAAGAACAGUGUUGAGGUGAUGACCUGGGCCUUGGCUGAGAAUAUGCAAGGCGUGGGUCUUGUAGUCAACCCAGUGUUCAGCUACCAAAAGGGCCGCAUCCUUUUGGAAGAACGCGCCUUGUAUGACCAGCUCAUGGGUGGGAAUCACAAUCUGGAUUGGGGCUUUGCCAUAAUGUUUGGCAACCGGCAGGACAACAGAGACCUCCGACCUCUGGUGUAUGCAGGCAAAUUUAAGAACGUUUUUUGGAAUUCAGAGCUCCGGCGCCUUCAGCGAACCAAUGAGGUGGCCCAGCUGCACCAACGAGAUACGCGAGAAGUGGAAAACUUGGCUGACGAUGCUUUGCCUGAGUCUACUGAUACCACCAGCCGAGUGAAAGGUGCUUCAAAAUACUCACAAAUUGGUGCCGAUUGUUGCCAUGAGCUGCUCAAUGGCUUGCUGAAAGGGAGCACAUACUCAACCAUUGGUCCCGCUCUUUUGCUGAUAGAUUUGCACAUCAUGACCGGCGACAUGCUGCAGGCAUUUUGCAAGAUGAGGGCUAGCACGCCUCAUGUCUUUUACUUCGGGUUGGCUGAAGACCAAAAUGAAGCCAGCUAUGUGGAGCAGUGGAUCAAGAAUGAUAUGGCUGACAAGUUUCUUGCUGGCACCGCGCUCCCCAACGGAGAGAAAAUUGAGGCGUCUGUCCCCGAUGAUUUGCUGGAGGCCUUGCCCCAGAACCCUCGUCUCAACUGCUUGGUCAUUCGGGAUGGCAAGCUGUUCAUGCCUGCCAAGCUUGUGCAAGAAUGGCGUGGACACUCAACCUGUGGGAGCCAGUUCCAAAAGGUGCUGGACAAUUUUCUUGAGACCUAUGAGGUCAUCGAGGCCCAAGCAAUUAGUCCAAACGCUGAAGAGAAGAAGCGAAAAGCUGGAGAGCCAGAAGGACAGACAACCCCAAAGAGAACCAAGGCCACAGACCCAUCGCUUUUGAUUGAACUGGAGAAGAUCGACAAAGCGCUUUUGUAUGAGUGCAAGGUUGGCACCAACGUCAAGGACUCCUUGUGGCUUCAAGUCAGGGCUGGCAACCAUAUCUUCUUGGCCAACAAAGCCAACAAGGACUGGUCAGGCAAGGAUUUGCCAAUUUGUGGCUUCGGAAAGGGAAGCUUCAAGAUGAUCAAGGGUGAUGCUGACUUGCCGGAUGGUGGGGUUGAACUAUCUUUGGAAGGCAGUUCUGACCAGAUUUGUUUCGAUGGGCGUGUGGUGCAGCUGGGAGAAGUGGUGAAAGACUUGAGGAAAAAGAACCCCGAGACCAAAGUGACUUACUUCCAGAUGAGCUUUGAUAGUGAAGAUCCCCACAAGUUCCAACUGAAGAGAACCCAUCGAGUGGUGUUCAUUCCCAGGCCUGAGGAAAAAGCUGCUGAGGUGAAGGAUUCCAACGCUGGCGCUCGUGAGAAUGUACAGCUGUGGCACUCAAGUGAUUCAGUGGCCAUCAUGUGGCACAUGAAGCAUAGCCCAGUGAAAGGCCUCAUUCCAUUGAAGCCUGCGGUGUUUCUGAAAUCUCCGGUGCAGAUCCCGCCUCAGCAAGCGUUAGUAGUUGUUCGGCCCUAG